AUGUCCAAGCCGGUGGACCACGUCAAGCGGCCCAUGAACGCCUUCAUGGUGUGGUCGCGGGCUCAGCGGCGCAAGAUGGCCCAGGAGAACCCCAAGAUGCACAACUCGGAGAUCAGCAAGCGCCUGGGCGCCGAGUGGAAGCUGCUCACGGAGUCGGAGAAGCGGCCGUUCAUCGACGAGGCGAAGCGCCUGCGCGCCAUGCACAUGAAGGAGCACCCCGACUACAAGUACCGGCCGCGGCGCAAGCCCAAGACGCUGCUCAAGAAGGACAAGUUCGCCUUCCCCGUGCCCUACGGCCUGGGCGGCGUGGCAGACGCCGAGCACCCGGCGCUCAAGGCGGGCGCGGGGCUGCACGCGGGCGCGGGCGCCGGCCUGGUGCCCGAGUCGCUGCUCGCCAACCCCGAGAAGGCCGCCGCCGCCGCCGCCGCCGCCGCCGCGCGCGUCUUCUUCCCGCAGUCGGCCGCCGCCGCCGCCGCCGCCGCAGCCGCCGCCGCCGCGGGCAGCCCGUACUCGCUGCUGGACCUGGGCUCCAAGAUGGCAGAGAUCUCGUCGUCGUCGUCCGGGCUCCCGUACGCGUCCUCGCUGGCCUACCCGAGCGCCGGCGCCGGCGCCUUCCACGGCGCGGCGGCGGCGGCUGCAGCGGCGGCGGCGGCCGCCGGGGGGCACACGCACUCGCACCCCAGCCCGGGCAACCCGGGCUACAUGAUCCCCUGCAGCUGCAGCGCGUGGCCCAGCCCCGGGCUGCAGCCGCCGCUCGCCUACAUCCUGCUGCCCGGCAUGGGCAAGCCGCAGCUGGACCCCUACCCCGCGGCCUACGCCGCCGCUCUAUGA